AUGGACCCCUCCAUCCUCCACGAGCUGUCCCGGCUCGACCCCGCGGUCCCGUUCCGCGCAUCCACCCACCACCUCCAUCACACCUGGGCGAAGACGUUUUUCUCGCGCCCGGAGCUGUACCUCCGCCCGCAAUCUGUGCCGGAGAUCCAGCAGCUGGUGACUUUGGCCCGCCGCUGUCGCCGCCGCCUGGUUACCGUUGGCAGCGCCCACUCGCCCUCCGAUCUAACCUGCACUUCGUCCUGGCUCGUCAACCUCGAUGACUUCAACCGCGUACUGCACGUCGACUCCGAGACUGGAUCCGUCACCGUCGAGGCGGGGAUUCGAUUAAGCGAAUUGGGGGUCCGACUCGAGGAACAUGGGCUGGCACUGGCGAAUCUGGGAAGCAUCGAUAGUCAGUCGAUUGCGGGCGUGAUUACCACAGGCACUCAUGGCAGCUCACUACGCCAUGGUCUGCUCUCGGAAUGCAUCGAGGCCCUGAGUCUGGUGCUGGCCAAUGGCCAGCUGGUGCGCUGCAGCACGACCAAUAACCCGGCGUUGUUCCGUGCCGCGCUGCUGUCUCUGGGAGCCUUGGGGAUCAUCGUGGAGGUGACCUUCAAGGCGAAGCCCUCGUUCAAUAUUGCCUGGCGCCAGGAGCGGUAUUCGCUGGCGCGGGUGUUGAAUGACUGGUCCUCCGGACUAUGGACAUCCCAUGAAUUCGUCCGCGUCUGGUGGCUGCCCUACGAGAAGGGCGCGAUUAUCUGGCGCGCCGAUAAAACCGACCUUCCGCUGCGCGCACCCCCGAAGAACUUUUAUGGCGAGCGCCUCGGCUACCACAUCUAUCAUAAUUUGCUCGCACUGUCGUCCUACUUCCCGCGCAUCCUGCCGUGGGUGGAAUGGUUUGUCUUCGGUAUGCAGUACGGCUUCCGCGCGGGGUCGGUUGUGACUGAAGCUGUCGAGCCGGCCCGCACAGGGCUACUGAUGAAUUGCCUGUUUUCGCAGUUUGUUAAUGAGUGGGCGCUCCCGCUUGAAAAGGGCCCCGAGGCCAUUGGCCGUCUGUCGGCGUGGUUGCAUGGCGACGCCGAGACUGCGCGCAUCCCCUUCCCCGUGCAGGGCCUGUGGGUGCACUGUCCCGUCGAGGUGCGCGUGUCGGACUCGACGCGAAACUCCAACCUGCGGCCGUUCCUGGAUCCGACCUGCCGCGAGGGCCCCACGCUCUACCUCAACGCGACACUGUACCGUGCGUAUUCUCGCGACCCGCCGUGCCGGGCACGAUACUAUGAAGCCUUCGAGUGGCUCAUGCGGGACAUGGGCGCCAAACCCCACUGGGCGAAGAACUUCACCACAACGGGCCCGCACGAGCUGCGCGAGCGGUACGGCCAGGACAUGGACGAGUGGUUGACGGUGCGACAAGAAGUUGACCCGGAUGGCAUGUUCGUGGGUGAAUGGCACUGCCGUCACCUGCCCCUGACGCCUGCGGACGACACACCUGACCCAAGGGAGCGGCUGCCCCUCUUAGAGCGUGAGCGCGAGCGUCGCAGGCCCGACAUUAGCGGCGCCGGCGACGGGAUCGAGUGGGUGGGCGAUCGACGGUGGAAGACUCAGCCUGCGCAGCCAUUCGUGGACGAAAAGUCGACGUACGAGUUGCCGCCCGACCACGCCCCUAGUCCGCCAACUACGGCGACCAGCGAGGAAAGCUUUGAUUUGCUUGCCAAGGGUGAAGCCAGUAUUCUGCUCCCCGAGGGAUCAGGUCGGUCGCAACGAGCGUGA